GGUGGUGGAGGUGCUGGUGGGGCUGUCUGGAUGGAUGGACAGGUGCUGCACGGUUGGGGCUCCAUCUCGGCCAAUGGAGGUGGUGCAGGCACAGAGAGUUGUAACACUUAUUCGACUAGCCGUGGAGGUGGUGGAGGCGGUGGUAGGAUCAGAACAUGGGGCAGGGAUGAUGCCAGUAAGGUUCUUCUUCACCAGAGGUAUGUCCAGGGUGGGUCAGGGUCAGCUGGCAAUGGUGGAGUUGGAACGAUAUGGAGUUCGGGAGGAAAUGCAUGCAGCGGACAUGGUACAUAUAACAUCAGCACUCUGAAAUGCGAUUGCAACGCAAACUAUCUUGGCUACGACUGUCAGUUUUAUUGCCAUAACGAUGAAUCCUGUAGCUCCAAUGGCGUUUGUGAUGCAGAAGGGUUCUGUGUAUGCAAUGCUGGAUUCGUUGGUCUACAGUGUGCCAGCCAAUGUCACAGGGCGACGACUUGCAGUGGAAAUGGUCGGUGUUCGGGACUUGGUCAGUGUAUUUGUGACCCAUGCUACUCUGGGCCAGACUGCUCGGUGCUGUGUAGCGGAGCUGGAACAUGUACGGCCAACAAGUGUGUCUGCGAUGGCUGCCAUCUUGGGAAGUACUGCGAGUCAGAAUGUAAUAACCGUGGAACCUGCGAGCUUUCGACAAAUACAUGUACAUGCGCUGCCAACUGGGGUGAUGCCAAGUGCACGAAAAAAGGCUGCCCAGGUUCUGACUUAAACUGCAAUGGACAUGGUGACUGUAAUUCUGGAACCAGCACCUGCUUCUGUGACAUUGGAUGGAAAGGUGCCGACUGCGGGGAGCCUGACUGCCCUGGCGAGCCGAACUGCAACAACAAAGGGGUGUGCAACAUGCUGUACAACCCCCCGAGGUGCACAAACUGUCGCACAGGCUGGAUGGGUCCAGCCUGCGACGAUGUGUGUCUCCAUGGAACACCCAACAGUGACGGUUCAUUCUGCAACUGCACUACAAAGUGUCAUCACGGUCUGGGAUGUGACAUCGAGUGUUCAGGAAAUGGUGUUUGUAACACCGAUGGCAGUGGAAGCUGCUAUUGUGACCCUUUGAUUGGAUGGGACGGAACUUACUGCGAGAUUCCAGGAUGUCCAAGGCACCCAGUAACAAACGUUGAAUGCAGCAAGCGUGGUGACUGCGACUCAGAGUCAAUGACAUGCGACUGCGAUGCCGGAUGGAUGGGGGCUGCGUGCCACAUUUCAGACUGUCCCGGAGAACCAAACUGCUACAACCGUGGUAUAUGCAGUGAAGCCACUAACCCUCCUCUGUGCAAGUCCUGUCAGACUGGAUGGAUGGGGCCUGCUUGUAAUGAUCCAUGUACUAACGGUGUUCAGGAGCCCAUGGACAGUGGUAUUUGCAAGUGUGACUCUGGCUGGACAGGAGUGGGAUGCAACUCAGAAUGUUCAGAGCACGGCAAGAUAGACCCAUCAACAAACAAGUGCAAAUGUACCUAUGAAUUUGGCUGGAAAGGAGAAGUGUGUAACAUCCCAGGAUGUCCUGGACUCUUUGGACUGGACUGUAGCGGCAGAGGUGGCUGUGAUAGCACAUCAGCAACUUGCACCUGCAACCCAGGCUGGCGUGAUAUCGGCUGUGAGAUACCAGACUGCCCAGGGGAACCAGACUGUAACAACAGGGGCAAUUGUAUCCAAGCAAAUACUGACACUCCAUAUUGCUGGUGCAACCAGGGCUGGUUUGGGGAUGCUUGUGAGGAAAUCUGCAUGAACGGACUUGUAGAUCCACUGGGCAGCGACAACUGCGUGUGCCAUCCAGGGUGGGUGGGAAUCAACUGCAACGUGGAGUGCUCAUACCAUGGCAAAAUUGUCAAUGACAAGUGUCUGUGUGAUGUAGGCUGGCGCGGCCCGUUCUGCGACAUACCAGGCUGUCCGGGUGCCACAGAGGAUUGCACGGGACACGGGACCUGCAAUACGCAGACACACAUCUGCUCAUGCUACAAUGGAUGGACUGGGGAGACAGAUUCCCGUGGCCACUUGGACCCUCUCCUGAAUGCUUGUGAUGUGCCGGACUGCCCAGGUAGCCCAGAUUGCAACGCCCAAGGCACGUGUGAUGCCAGCACCACCACACCACGGUGUGUGAACUGCGUGGCAGGCUGGAUGGGAGCUGGAUGUGAGGAAGUCUGCGAUGCAGUACAUGGUGUUCAGAGUCCAAUGAACAGCGGAAUCUGUGUCUGUGAUAGCUGCUACACAGCAAAGGGAUGCAACAUGGAGUGUGAUGGUCAUGGCAAAUGCACUGGCGGGGUGUGUAAGUGCGAUGUGGGAUGGAGGGGCAGCAAAUGUGAGGUGCCUGGCUGCCCUGGAAACAUGACUGACUGUACCCUGCAUGGAGUCUGCAACACAGCCUUGCACCAGUGUACUUGUACACCAGGAUGGACUGGCGCUGACUGCAGCAUUCCUGACUGUGGAGAUGAUUCUUGCUAUUCAGAAGAGGACAGGGGACGUUGUGAUGGAUCAACCGGAAUACCAAAAUGUGUCUGCAACACAGAAAAUGGCUGGUUUGGAAUGUACUGUGAGAAGAAGUGUGAGAACGGCACAGUGACAAUGGCCCCGCCGACGGACGUGACGGGUGGGGAGUGUGAGUGUUUCACCUGCUACAAUGGAGACCGGUGCCAACUGGAGUGCUCUGACAACGGUAUCUGUAACAAAACAUCGGGCCAGUGCCAGUGCUUCAGGGAUCCAGGCAAUGCGUACAUUGAAAGUCUGUGCGAGACAGAAGGCUGCCCGGGACCUGACGGCAGAUGUAACGGCCAUGGCACCUGCGUAAAGAUGACGUGUCUCUGUGACAACGGCUGGAUGGGUGACGACUGUGGUCUGCCUCUGUGUCCAAACAACUGCAGCAAUGAAGGCCAGUGUCUUUACAACACAGAGCUUGAGAUGGCAGAGUGCCAUUGUAAUGCAAAGUGGAUAGGGUCGGACUGUGCAAUACCCUGUAUGAAUGGAACCAACAUCGAUGCACUUGGCACUUGCGUCUGUACGAACCCAUGUAACACAGGUCUGUCCUGCGACGGCAUUUGCUCUGGGCGAGGAGUCUGUGAUAACAAUGGUGGCUGCAUCUGCAACUUCUUUGACCCUUGGAAGGGUGACCAAUGCACGGAGGCGGGCUGUCCAGGCUGGCCCGACAACUGCAUGAAUCACGGAUCGUGCAACUCUGCAACUGGCACAUGCGUGUGUGAUCAGGGCUGGAAGGGGGCCGCAUGCCAUAUUCCCGAGUGUGAUUGUCAGGUGAACGCUACCUGUGAGAUGAGGCCAGGUGACUCGAAACCAAGAUGCUACAAUUGUGACCAUCCAUAUAUCGGGGACAAGUGUCAAUACAGGUGUGAAAACGGUGUUGAGAACGCUACAACAUUUGAGUGCAUGUGUGAGAGCUGCUACAGCGGAGCCUCCUGUGAUGCCAUGUGUAACAACCAGGGCUCAUGUGAGAACAGCACAGGCACCUGCAACUGUGGCUUUGCAGGCUACCGGGGAGAGUUCUGCGAGAGGAAAGAAUGCCCAGGCUGGGGAGUCUCGUGCACCAAUCACGGCACGUGUAAUCCUGGAACAGGAAAAUGCGCCUGUAACACUGGCUGGAUAGGAACGGGAUGCCAGACCGCCAAGUGUGAGAACGACUGCAGCAGCCAAGGGACUUGCCUCCCCCUUGAACCCCCCAACACGCCAAGAUGUAACUGCACUGGAAACUAUUUCGGCUUAGACUGCGGCAAAUUGUGCGGGCGUGGUACCUUGAUCAAACCUGAUCUAGCGGACCUGUCCACCUGGUAUUGUACAUGCGACAGUUGCUUCACAGGGGAGCUGUGUGAUGUGGAGUGUUCGGGUCGUGGAAGCUGCAAUAGCGCGGGUAUGUGUGACUGCGGGACGGCUGGAUGGAGGGGAGACAACUGCGAGAAAGCGGGCUGUCCUGGCAAAGAUGGUGUAGACUGCACGGGACAUGGAAGCUGUAUCACUGCCUCAGCUGCAGACAUAGGAACCUGUACCUGUGACACCUACUGGGUGGGAGAAGGUUGCUGGACCGCCGAGUGUCUCAACAACUGCUCAAGGCGAGGAAUCUGUAAUGAAACCGUGGAUGUACCGUUCUGUAGCCAGUGUGAACAGGGCUGGAUGGGACCUGACUGUAGCACACCUUGCUAUGGCAUACAACAACCCAUGGACAGCGGCAUCUGUGUGUGCAAUAGUAAAUGCCAAAGCCUUGCUGACAACUGUCUGUCAACAUGCAGUGGUCAUGGUACGUGCGAUAAUAAGACAGACACGUGUUCAUGCCACGACGGGUCAGGGGUCAACGUCUAUGGCUAUUGGGGAGCCUUGUGUCAGACCAAGUCUUGUCCUGGUGUAGAAAACGUCUGCAGUGGACGUGGAUUGUGUAUUGGUGGAUCUUGUACAUGCAAAGCGGGCUGGACUCUAAACGACACCUACUGUCACGUGGCAGACUGUCCUGGCACACCUGACUGUUCCGGUAACGGUGAUUGCAUCCCCAGUGGUGAUCUUCCCCGCUGCCAGUGCCAUGAGGGAUGGAUGGGGCUGGAGUGCCAGUACAAGUGUGUGCAUGGACAGCCUAACGCCAACUUUGAGUGUGUCUGUGACCCGUGCUACACUGGUGGUGCCUGUGACCAAGUCUGUUAUGGCCAAGGAUCCUGUGUUAAUAACACAUGCAGUUGUUUUGACAAGUUCUGGGGUGCGUUCUGUGACGUGCGUGGCUGCCUGGGUGAGGGGUCCAGCUGCUCAGGUCAUGGGUACUGUGACCUCGCCAAACAGACGUGCAGCUGUGAUACAAACUGGAAAGGAGACGGCUGCAACAUUUGGGACUGUCCUGGGGACCCAGACUGCUCCGAGAGGGGUGCAUGCGAUGGAGCCCUAUACUGGCCCCCGCGCUGUGUGAACUGCUCCCUGUCCAUGGGCACAUCCUGCCAGUUUGACUGCAUACAUGGCAAGGAGACCCCCGCCUUCUCAACGAUCUGUGAAUGCGAUCCAUGCUACUCUGGCUCAGACUGUAACACGGAAUGCAGUACUAACGGCCAGUGUGCUUCCUAUGAGAAUAGCACCAGAUAUUGUCAGUGCAAUGAGGGUUUCAAGGGCACACACUGUCAACAAUAUGACUGUCCAGGUGAACCAGAUUGUACCAGUUCCCGCCAUGGCACAUGUACCCGUGUGGAUGGAAGGUCAGUCUGUCUGUGCGAGGGAGGCUUCACUGGGGAUAACUGCUCGGAACUCGUUUGUCCUGGCCAUGUCGGCACUUCAUAUUGCAAUCUGAAUGGUGACUGCCUUCUUAAGGACACAGCAGCUGCACCAGCCUGCGUGUGUCACCAUGGAUUCACAGGCCUGGCAUGCGACAGGUGCACGCCAAACUUUGUUGGAAGCAAGUGCGAACGCUGCCAAGAUGACUACAUUGGCUACAACACCACCUGUGAGACACUUUGCAGGAACGGAUACGCUACAGUUUAUGGCGGUGACGAAUGUGAGUGUUAUGACAACCAUGUUAAUGGCCACUGGAUUGAGCCCUCGCAGGGCUGUGUCACCUGCCUGCAGGGGUGGGCCCUGCCGUACUGCACUGAAUGUGCUGCGAACUGGGUUGGACCAAACUGUGACAUCCUCUGCUACGACAAUCAAGGCUACUUCCUGGAUGACAAGAAUGGUACAGUGAAAACCAAACCAAUCACCCCUGUGUUCAAGUGUGUGGAACAUGUUGGAGACGACCUUUACAAGGCGUGGUUCGGAUACGUCAACAAUAACCCUAACUAUGUGGACAUUAUGCAAGCUGAGAAUGCAUUCUACUUUGGAGACUCCAUCAGAACAAGUCUGGGCAGUCCACCAACCCAAUUCUUACCGGGCACAGUGAACUAUGCAGUUGUGAUUGGACCUCAAACACUGGAUGAGCUGAGACAGAUCACAUGGCAGGUCUACUCUCUCGCAGUCUCUAACAUCCCGGCUGUGGCUGAGAUCAACACUGCUGAGGCCUGCGCAACACCACCCGCCUUGAGCCCACUGCCGGUACCAACAGGUGGCUGUACAUGUCACCAUGGCUACCAUGGUCCUUCCUGCCAGCAACAAUGUCCAGGAGGCAGUUCCAACCCCUGCUAUGGAAAGGGAGUGUGCGACAAGGUGACAGGAACCUGUACAUGCAUAGAGGGGGCCAAUCAGUCUGUGAGCUGCAGGACAUGUGUCAGUGGUUGGUUCGGAGACGACUGCUCCUUUGUGUACACAAGCACAGGCAGUUCUUCAUCUGGCUGGUACGUGGGAAGUGUGUUCGGCUACGGCAGUUUCCAGACUUUUGAUGGUUCCAUGUACAGCAGCAACUCAAUAGGCCAAUACUUGCUGACACAGCUGACUACUGCAACGUCACAGACACUCAACAUUAACAUACUCAGGAUGUUCGGAUCCAACGAAGCCCCAGUUGCCAUCACCAGUGCCAUAGGGUUCACAAUCAAUGGUGUUAAUGUGGUGAUACGAGCAGAUGACAUUGGCUCUUCUGGAACAGUCUACUACAACGACAAGGUUACAACAGUUGGAACAGGGAUAAUCCUAGCGCCUGAGGUUACACUCUACAUGACCUCACUCUCAACUUACAGACUUGUCUCUGGGACAGACCUCUACCUUGACAUCGACAUGAAACAGAGCUACAUGAAUGUUUUCGUGAAAGCCAAACCCUCUAUUUGCUCCACAGCAAAAGCUCUUUUGGGAUCCUGUAACAACAACAAAGAUAAUGAUUUUGUCACAAAAUCUGGUGACCAACUAGCAGUAGGAAGCACGUCAUUCCCUUUGACACAGAAUAAUGUUGAAAACACAUUUGUAACAUCGUGGCGGACCGAUACCAACAUAUUUGAGAAUGUGAUACCAAAUUAUGAUCCCUCUGGAGGGGACACCUGUCUGGAGGUCCAUAGCAGUCCUCUCAUGAGUGAAAAGCCUCAAACCCUCUUCACAGAGAAUGCAAUAACUGUUGAACUGUCUUUCUACCUGCAACAGAUAAUUGGUGAGGCAGCAACUAUUUGGUCAUACAAGAAUCCAAAUCAGAAGGUAUUCUCGGCGCUUGUGACACGUGACAGAUUCAUUGCAUAUUCCAUGUUUGACCAGACGAACCAAGAGACAAGGUACACUGUAGAGACAGUUCAAAUAGAACUGCAAAAGUGGUACCAACUGUCCAUCAUCUGGUCAGGGGUAGAAAAUACAGUGAGGAUUGUCGUGGUAGGUGAUGACAGAUCCAGUAACAAUGCCUUCAAUGUGGAUCCCAAUAUUAAAGGUGCAUUUGCACCAGGCGGUUAUCUCAUGCUUGGUAUGACACACAACAAUGACCGCUUCCCAUUUAGUGGCUACAUAGACAAUUUCAGAGUGUGGAAGAAUGCGCGAAAGAAUGAUGACGUCAUUACACAAGCAUUUACUUACGUCUCAACAGCAACAGAAAGUGAGCUGGCGUUCUUAUGGUUCUUCAAUGAAGGCAAUGGAUAUACAACAACUGACAGUGGAAAUAGCCACAUUCCAUUAACCUGGGCGUCUGGUGGCUGGUCAAAUGUUUCAUGGACUGUUUGUACAUACAAAAUAUAUUCAAUUUCAACUGCGAACAUAAAAGAUGUCAUCCUUAAAGACGUUCCAGACACAACUGAGACAUCUUGCACCACUAUUAUCAACAGUAUUCCAGGAAUUGGUGAGAUUGCUGUAGGAGCUAAGAAAGUGUAUUAUGAACAAUGCCUGAUACAAUCCAUUCUAAAAAAUAAUACAGAGUCAGGUAAGGACAUUCUUGGUCCUAUUGCCGACACACUGGAGCCAAACAGAACCGAUCCAAACUAUCCAACAGCUCAGCUCUGCAACAAAUACCCAGGCUACUCAAACUACUUUGGGCAAUAUUGUACCAUUUACUGUGUGAAGAAUGCAGGGGAUUAUAAUCCUGAUGAUGGCCUGUGCCAUUGCAGAGAUUCCUUCUGGGGAUUUGGUUGUGCAAAAUCGUGUCCUUAUGCUCGAAAUCAGGUCUGUGGGGGCGGCGUAUGUGACAAAGAAACCGGAUCCUGUACAUGCUCCUCAGAGAAAUUCGACCCUGCAACAGGCUGUCAAACAUGCUCUGAAGGAUACAUGGGCAUCGACUGUUCUUCAGUAGCUGCUGUUUUCCCGAGUUCUCUAACUAAAUACACAGCUUCAUGCUUUGGUCAAGGAAACUGCCAAAUGUUUGAUGGACAAAUGUUCCAGGUGACAUCAGCUGGUGAAUAUCUGUUCUUCGAGGCACCCUCUGAAUCCUUGAAGGUUUAUGUGAGAAUGCGACCAUGUGGCUCAUGCAAGACAUGUAUCCAGCAAGUGUGGUUUAGGUUGAAUAACAAUUACUUCACUGUUAAGGUUCCAUUCAUGGCCAGCCAACCUCUGAUUCUUCAACAAGAUGGUUCAGCUAUUACAAUGCUCAGUCUCUCGUCACAUACGAUCAACAGUCAAGCCACAAUCACAUGGAUCGACAAAGUCACUUUGCAGUUCACCAAGGGAUCUGUCAAUGUGGAUGUUACCUACAUAGACUCCUCUUCCUACUUGUCUGUAUCCGUUCACACAACUUGCACAUCUACAUCUUCAUUCAAGGGAAUGUUGGGAAAUUGCAACAAGAACAUGGACGAUGACUUUAAAGAUAGUUCUGGAAAUAGCGUCCCAUACACUGAUGUCAGCAACGACGUAAUUGAUCACAAGUUUACACGAUUUCUAUCAUUAGACAAUUCUGUGACCAACAGGUUCAUCUACGACGUAUCCAGAUAUCAGUCUAACAGAAACAGUGGACAUGUCUCGUGGCUAUAG